CCCAAAUAAAAUUUAAGAACGCCUUUGACAAAAGUAGAAAGUAUUGAAAUCAUUCUCAUGGCUGGAUUGGGGAUCGGGGAUCUGUCGCGAGGUUGCGAUGGGACUUUAACAGGAAGCAUGGCAAGCACAUCACAAACAACACUGUCGCUGAACUUAUUAACAAAUUCAAAAAUACUGGAAGUGUUGAGGACCGACCGAGCUGUGGUCAACACCAGCUGAUGUGGUGCUGGUUUACAUAGUCCUUUAUAUAUGGAGACUUUUGGGACGCCCUGUACAUGUGUCCUCUACCAUGUUAGACAGGAUAUUCUAUGCCGUUCUCCUCUCCAUUGAAGGCUUUUCCAAAUAUUCACCAGAGGAAUGCUGAAAAUAUUUAAACCAGUGUUUUGCAGAAAAAUAGAAGUAAUAUUUAGACAUGUUAUCAAUGUGUUACCUGGCUUUGUUCUAUGAUUACGUGACUAUGUCCCUUUUACAGCCUUGCCUAAAUGAGGGGCAGAAAAAUUACCAGGCUUUGGCAUUCACUGUAAUUUCUCUGUUAUUCUUCAAAUCCUAGCCUUGUCUACAUUAUCUACACUUUUCUUUAUCUGCCAGUCCACAUGAGCUGGCUUUAUUGGAAUUGUAUAUAAUACUGUUUCUUUAAGAAUAAAAGGCACAGCUUCCACUCAGGCUUAAAGAGCUAAGAGCUGUAUACAAAUGGGUGUUUCAUUUCAGCUGAUUUCAUAAUCAGAGGCAGAACACAGGACGCAAUAACGACCCUCCCACAGUGAGCAGGAGGGGCUCUUAGAGGGUUAAAAAGAGCCAGAUGGGACAGAAAGAAAAGGAGCAAAUGGAGAAGAGAGAGUGGGAGUAAGCACACAGAGCUUAGGCAUGGCUACAUGGAUUCUCGUUGCCUUUCUUGCCAUUGGUGUGUUGUUCCUGUUAUUGAGAGCUUGUGGGUCUAGGACAAGGCGAGCAAAAGAACCUCCACUGGUGAAAGGUUGGCCUUUUUUUGGUGUAAUUCUGGAAUAUGGUAAAAACCCACUGGGCUUCCUGCAAUCAGCUCAACAAAAGAAUGGAGACAUCUUUACAUGCCAGCUUGUGGGGAAGUACUUCACCUUCGUCACAGAUCCUUUCUCCUUCUCUGCAGUGAUGCGCCAGGGGAAAAACCUCGACUUUCACAAAUUCGCCAUGGGUUUCUCUCAGCGGGUGUUUGGUCAUACUGAUUUUACAUCUCCACUGUUAAGUGAAAGUUACCGAGAUGUGCACUCGCUCUUCAGACAAACACUACAAGGUCCACCUCUUCAACAACUAAGCCAGAACAUGCUUGGGAACCUGCAGACUGCUUUCCAGCAGUGCCUGUCCAGUGAGAACCGCUGGAAAGAGGAGGGUUUACAGUGCUUCACCACGCGCAUCAUGUUUGAGGCCGGAUUCGUCACUCUUUUUGGUAAGAAGGCAGGGCUUCUUCAGCCAGAGGGAAUGGGAGCUGUUGGGUCAUGCAUGCAGAAGGUAAAGCGAGAUUUCCUGGCAUUUGACGGGGCUUUUCCUGUACUGGCGGCUGGUGUGCCUAUCGCGCUGUGCAGACGUGCAUGGAGGGCUAGAGAAGCGUUAGCUAAGGGACUACUGCACCGGGAGCUUCAUCACAGGAUGUGCAUCUCGGAUCUGAUUCAGCGCAGGAUGGACGCCUUCGAUCGCAUGCACCUGAACGAGACGGAGAAAGCACGCACACACGUAUGCAUGCUCUGGGCUUCACAGGCCAACACACUGCCCGCCGCCUUUUGGAGUCUCUACUACACACUGAGAAAUCCAGAAGCUUUUGCUGCGGCUCUUAAAGAGGUCGACCUGAUCUUGGCACAGUUACCAAAUGACAAACCAAUCUGCCUGUCCAAAGAGCAACUGGAAUCCAUGACUGUGCUUGAGAGUAUUAUCAAGGAAGCUCUACGUCUAUCAAGUGCUUCCAUUAUGAUCCGAGUUGCAAGUGAUGACUUCAUUCUGACACUGGACUCAGGUCAACAGGCAGCUAUUAGGAAAGGAGAUUACAUUGCUCUCUAUCCCCGACUCAUACACCUAGACCCUGACAUCUACCCGAACCCAUUGGAGUUCAAGUAUGACCGAUUCUUGGAUGAGGAAGGUCAAAGGCAGAGCCAGUUCUUCAAAAAUGGCCGACAGCUGAAGCACUACCUUGUGCCAUUUGGUUCUGGUGCCAGCGAGUGUCCGGGUCGUUUCUUCGCCAUGAAUGAAAUCAAGCAAUUUCUCCUGCUGGCGCUGUGGCACUAUGACUUACAACUCAGUGAGCCUCAUGACACACUUUCGCCAGACCGUACCCGCGCCGGCCUUGGCAUCCUGCCACCUUCACAAGAUGUAUUGCUUCGAUACAGAGCAAGAGCAGACAGGUACACCGAGAGAGCCUGGGGGGAAAAUGAUGCUGAUGAUGACUAAUAAAUAAGUUGGAAAAAAAAACAUGCCAUGUGUUAAAUCAAAACAAUAUGAAAUAAUCCUAAAAGAGCAUUCAUUCAUAUUUUUUGAUAUACACUUAGUGGCCUGUUUAUUAGGUACACCUACUCUAUGGCUAUGCAUAACAAGCCUCCAGAACUUUGACACUUGCUUUAGCCCUAUACUAAAGCACACUGGGAUUGAAAUGAAACAAUGGGUCUGAGGUUAAAGUGAAGAAUAUCCUGUUUAUUUUGAAGGCCUGUUCCUCUCUAUUGGAUAGAGAUGGAAAUGUCUUUUUUCCCUUUUUAAAAAAAAAAUGCUUGCAGUUUAUUGAUUGCGCAUAAAUUCUGUAUUAUCAGUUUGCAAUAUAAAUAUACACCAUGUGUGUUUGUAAGACUGAAAAAUGACUGACAGUCCGUAAAGGACUUGAACGAUUGAAGCACUACGUAUCAGUAUGUCUGCCGGUGGAAUGGUAAAGAUAAAAAAAAACAUGUAUUGAAAACCAGAGUUCAUACUUAAAUGGUGCGGUAGUAUUAUUUCUCCUUCUAUUGUCAUCUACGUGUUUUUUUUUUAUUUUAUUUUAUUGUGCCCUUAUUUUUCCACCAUGUGAACUAUUGAAUUUAUGUGUGAAAAUGAUAUUGAAUAUUGAUCAUGUCUUUGUGUAUUUGCCAUGAUCGUCAUAUUGAUUAAGUGGAUAUUUGUAUGUCAGAUUUAUUUUGCCAAUACAUUUAAAAUUUAUUCAUACAAAGCAGUAUUUGUGUUUGGCUUACUAGGCACUCAGCACCACUUUUUGGAUUAAAGCAUUAGGAGGUAAUAUCAUGGAGACAUCAGAUCAAAGUGGUAAAAAGCAAUCCAUUCAUCCAUCCAUUUUCUAUACCACUUAUCCCACACAGGGUCGCUUAGAAGCCUGGAGCUUAUCCCAGGGAACUCAGGACACAAGGUGAGGGACACACAGGACAGGGGCCAGCCCAUCACGGGACACAAUCACACACACAUUCACACACUACAGACAAUUUGGAAAUGGCAAUCUGCCUACAACGCAUGUCUUUGGACUGGGGGAGGAAACCGGAGUACGUGGAGGAAACCCCCAAAGUACAGGGAGAACAUCAAAACUCUGCACACACAGGGAAGAGGUGGGAUUGGAGCCCUCAACCCCGGAGGUGUGAGGCAAAUUUGCUAACUACUAAGCCACCAUUAGUGAAUUUCCUGUUCCUAGUCACACAGGCGUACUGAAUUAUUAUUAUUUUUUUAUAUUAAUGGGAAUAUACUUAAAAUAUAUUUUUCUCAUAUAAAUUCAUAGGGUGCCAAUAAUUGUUGCAUACCUAUAUUUAAUAAAUAUAUUUUUUUGUUGGAUAAACCUGUUUGCUUGCAAUUGUUUGAUAUCCAUGAGAGCAGAAUAUUUUUGUGAAUUUUUUU